AUGGAUUCUAUGGCGCUGCACCCUGCUGAGGUCCUUCGCCUCCCGAAAUUCCACCCCCAAUAUGGAGGCGACAAACUGGAGCGGGGGCAACCCCACCCGACAGCAGGGCAGGCAGGCAGGCUGCAGGAAGGCCGAAGCGCACCCCCCCCCCGGCCAGGCUUCCAGCCCGGGCAUGGCCAGGGGAGGUGCCCUGUGCAGAGGGCAGCCUCCGCUCAAGCAACCAGCGCAGAAGCUCCCAAAGCCACGCCAGGGCAAAAGGCGCAGGACCCAGCCUGGGAAGGUCCGAAGAGACCCGGAGGCCCCGCGCGACCCCUCCCGUGCCCAGGAGCCCCGGCGGGCACCAGCACCAGAAUCCAACCCCCCCCCCCCGCAUCACGAGGGAGCCCCGGGCCAGGCGACCCCCGACCCCCUUGCCCAGCCCACGAGCAGGAGCCCCCCACCCGAAGCCAGAGCGGGGCGGAGGCGGCAGGUCCGGCCCAGGGGCCGGAUCCACCCGGGGAGCCGUUGCCACCACUGGGGGAGCGCACGAGGCACGUUCGGGAAACGCUUCGGGGCGUCCCCCGGGAGAGCCGCGGCCAGUCAGCGGCCGCCUUCUCGGCUCGGGCUCUGCCAGGGAGGGACGCGGAAUACCUGCGCAGAAGCCCGCAGAGGGGCCCGAUCCCCGGCGCUGCCGCUCUUGCCCAGCGAAGCCGCGUCCCGCAGCGCUCCUCGGCGACGGCGCCCAGGCAGGCGCGGCCGAUCGCGCUGGCUCUGCCCGGGUGGGAGGGACCGGCCGCGGCCGGAGACAGCGAGGCGGCCGCCGGGAGCAGCCAGCCCGGCCGGGGGCGGAGCGCCAGCGGCGAGGCCGGGCCAGGCGAGGGAGGGCAGAGCAGGGCAGGGCGCUCUGCACACGCGCCGACGCCCCCUCGCCCCUGCCGCCCAGCGGGCCAGAGCGCCGCCUCCCGCCUUCUGGCGCCGGACCGGCCGCAGGCGAGGGCGGGGCUCGCCGGCCCUCCCCGCCGCGUCGCUUUGGCUCUUGGGGCGCCCAGCCGCUCUCCGGCGCGCAGGCGGCAGCAGCAGCUCCUACCCGGUUCGCUCCGGGGCCUCCAGGCGACACCUCGGAGCGGAGGCCGGAGCAGAAAGCUCCGCGCGGAAGGAGGCAGCCUCGGGGCCCGGGGCUCCUCUGGCCCGCAAGCCGAAGGCGGGCUGGGCAAAGCGGCCCGGAGGGGUUCGAGGGGGGCGGCAUGCGCAGCGCCAGCUCGGGGGCCCGCGCAGGCUCGGAGCCGGACCCUCGUUGGGAAACGCCUCGGGCAAGGCCGGCCGCCGCCGCGGGCAGGGCCUUUUCAGCGGCGGCGCCGCCCAGCGCACUAA